AUGUCAUCCAGGCCUACGAGCACACGUCGUCGCGCGGGCGCGCGCGGCGCGCGGACGCUGAGCCGACGCCUUGCCAAUCGCGUUCCCGGCACGACGCGCCCCGGGCGUCGCCUUAGCGCUGGCGUCGUGGCGGUCGCCAAUGACCGUUUUCACGAGCUCCCAGUCGGUGCCCUCGACGACGACCUCGUCCUUGCCGAAGCCUUUGAGCGCUGCGAACGUAAGCGCGUUCUGGCCGUUCGCCUUGCUGUUCUUGUACUUCCAGUCCUCGGACCCGUUCAAAAACGCGAACCUGAGCUGCAACGCAUUGUUGCAUCUAUUAGCGCUGGCACGUUCAUCUUUUGUACCACCGUUUCUGUGUUAAAUUUUGACCAUCGUCAGAGAGGUGAGAUAUCAAGCUGUGACACCCUCUUUGUUGCAGCAUUGGCGCGGCGUUUCGGCCUUGAAUGUACUGCACAUAACUGGGUGCACUCUUCGACGCAUUCCAGCCAAAUGGAAUUCCGCGCUUGGCGACGCACAACGUCUUUCAAGACGGCAUUCAAUGUUGUAGAUGCUUUGAUACCACAACGGUGUGGACACGUGGCACUCGCACAUCACGCUGAUGACCAGAUGGAGUCGUUUCUGCUGAGGCUCGCGCGCGGCUCACGGUUGACUAACGUGUUCAAAGGAGUGGCAUCUCAGGCGGCGCCCUGCUUUGUGCGACCACUACUAUUCGCCACCAAACAUGAUCUCGUUACUUACCUUGACGCGGACGGCGAGAGUUGGCGAGAGGACACUACUAAUACAGAUACAACUCACUACGUUCGAAAUCUCAGCCGUCUCACAGUGUUACCCCCCCUCCGCACGCUCUGCGGCGGAAGCCUCCAACUGCACACACGCUUAAAGGCACUACAAUACCAGGCGCAAUUCUUCGAGGCUUGGGUCUCUCAUGCUGCUGAUGAAUGGCUCUCCUAUUCAACACGGGCGGAUGGUGCUGUGUCCCUUGUCACGUACGCAGAUACACCAGCUCCUGUCCUUAACCGUCUUGCUGCCAUUGCGUCCAAAGGGAAAAUUGCUGACAAUACUGAACCCUUCGCUAUACCCUUCAAGCUGCUUCUGGACACCGAUAUGAAACUACUUGAUCGGACCAAAAAAUCGCUUGCUCACCUCAGAAUUAUUGAGAGUUCAAAAGGCAUUGAUGUACGGCCAUUUCCAAAUGACGCAAUGCUGCGUGUAGGAAAGGAUGGGGAUACCUUUCAUGCGCCUUGGCGCGACCGACCCACCCCACUUGUCAAAUUUCUCCGUGGUCAAAAGGUGUUUCUUCAGGAUUGCGAUAUAGUGCCUCUCCUUGCGACCGAUCUAGGCAUGGUUGUCGCCGUUUUCCUGCCAGACCGCACAUUUGUUGCCAGUCCAUUUGCCUUUAAGCAGCAUGCUGAUGAACCAAUUGCGUCACGUCGUAUACUCGUAGCGCCUAGAGUCGAUGCAGUAUCACAGCAUGACUGA